AUGACAAAUCCAGAAAUGGAUGCCCAAAUCCAUUUCACUGAUAUCAAAAAACAUUUCAACUCUUACACUCUCACAAGUAGAAUGAAUUGGGUACUGGCCACAUAUGAAGGCAUUGCUUUGAUGAUCUUAUACUUCAAGUUAAGGUCUACAAAAGCACCAACUGUGAAAGCCACAUAA